UCGAUGUAUACAAAUUGGUAGGGAGGAGGUUAAAUUUCGUUUAGGAAUCGCCAAAAGGAAAUGCGAUAGCUCAGUCGUUAACAGUGAUUUAAGAUAUGGGCUAGAGCAUAUUAGCAGCAGAGGCAUGCCCACCUUUUAGCUACUGGUCACCACAAAUUCUUUAAUAUGGAAUAUGUAAUAUCAGGAGCAUGAUGCCAUAUUUCCACCUACCCACACUGGAAAGGUUAAGAAGGCGUGGAUCUAUAUUCUUACAUCUUCCAUAAUUCUUCAGGACUUUAUGCUUCAUUCAGACAUAGAACUUUCACUAACCAUAUACUUGCCUGCAGGUCAUUUCAUGUAAACUAGGGGCAUAUACAAAUGACAGGUUCAUUCAACAACUUUUAUUGUAAACUACCAACUAUCGAAAUCCACUAAGUAGUUUCUGGGAAAUAUGUGCAGAUAACACAAUUUAUUGAAUAUAGUAAUUUUACUUAUUAUUCUAUGGGUAUGAAACUCAAUGUUUCACAUUCUGGAGAAAACACUUCUUGAAGGUAUUCGACAAGAGAGCUAAGAAGAACAUCUGGACAUGGUGCAGGGGAAGUAACUGGAUGGAGAAAAUUGUACAAUGUGGUUACCUGCAACUCCAAGUUCAGUCACUGGAAGGAUCAACCAUGCUGUGGUAAUUGCAGUUGCAUUACCAAGUGUUCUACCUUUGGUGCUUGCAGAUGUCUUGGUUUGCCCUGAUUCCUGCUGGUGUGACAGUGGUGAUACAAAGUCAAUUGCUGUAUGCUGGGAUCACAAUCUCACUAGAAUCCCUCAAUAUUUUGACAAGCAACUUCAAGAAAUUGCUCUAAUGUUCAACAGUAUCACCGUAAUAAAUGACUAUGCUUUUCAUGGACUUUCAAACGUCUCAAUUAUGUUAUUGCAAUAUAAUGGCAUUAGAGAAGUUCAUGAACAGGCUUUUGAUGGUCUAGUCAAUUUGACAUAUUUGGAUUUAUCACAUAACAAGAUUGUAAAGAUACCACCAACAGUUAUUCGGAACAAUGAAAAGCUGGAUUUUUUGUACUUAAACCAUAACGAGAUAUCAAUAUUAGGGCCAUUUUUAUUCUCUGUAUCACUUUCUGUCCUGGAUAUAUCAUUCUGCAAAAUAACAUUUCUACCACAUGACGCUUUCAUUGGGACUCCAAAUUUAAUGAAACUGAAAAUAAAUGAUAAUCAUAUUACUGAGUUUGAAAUAUAUGCCUUUCGUGGGCUCAGAAAACUGGAGGCCUUGAAUUGUGGAAAUAAUUUAAUAAAAGGCUUAAAUUCAAAUUUGUUUUUUGGUUUGGAUGAUCUGAAGUAUGUAGACUUCUCCAAUAACAGUAUUUCAGUCAUAUCACCACGGUUAUUUGCAUAUAAUAGAAAAUUGCGAUAUCUGUUCCUGAAGAAUAACAGUUUAUCAAUACCUAACACAGGACCAAUCCUUAUAUCCGAAUCUCUCUCUCAUCUUGAUAUUUCAUUCUGCAACAUAACAUCCAUAUCGUCUGAGGCUUUCAUUAAUCUUACCAAUUUAACUUCAUUACGAAUGAUUGGAAACCCAUUAAGGCACUUGAAUACAAAAGCAAUGGAACCACUGAAUAAACUACAGGUAAUUUUGUUUGGUCCAGAUGCUAGUUGCAGUGAAUCAUCUCUCAAAAAUAUAUUUAAAUAUUUCCAACAGAAAUCUGUUUCAUAUUAUGCUCCUCCUCUGUGCAGUAUAGAUUCUGCUGUAACUAAACCAACGAUCUUUUACUCAUCACACCCAUCACCUACUAUGCCUCCUAGUCAAAUUCUGCAAACCAACAUUUCUGAUAUAAUAUUCCAUAGCAAACACCCACCGUCAAUCAGUAAUUCAUCACAACUGAAAGUACUUGUCCAUGUCACACAUGAACACACAAUCCUUAUAUUAGCAGUCUCUUGUAUUCUCAAAAUCUGUAGAUGAAAUGCAAAUUUCAUGGACUAAUCUUCGAGAUAAUGACAAAACGUUGCAGCAGCUAAUAUCUACUUAACCCUCAGAAGACUUCUUUAGAUGAUAAACCCACCUGCCUCUGUAGCUACAUUUAAAAUGGGAGGAAGUCCCUGCUGUUGCAACACUCUUAUUUUUGGAUAUUCUUUGGUGUAUAUUGAUAAAUAAAAUGCAUUAGUUUGUCAAAGCACUGGGACAGCUCAGUUGGUAUGGUAACUAGGCUAUUAGCUUGAUAACAGGGGAAUUAUGGUUUGAUUCCUGGCAGAAACAAGAGAUUUCCGUCUUCUGCACACUCUCCAGAAUUGCCCUGAAGCUCACCCAGUCUCAUGUCAAUGGGUACCAGGGGCUCCUUCCACAGAGGGUAAAGCAGCUGAAGUGUGAAGCUGACUACUCACCUCCAC